AUGAAGUCUCUCACACGUAAUUCAGAUGAAGUAAAAUGUAUAGCCACCGAACGAUCGGUGCUUAUCCAGUUCAAGAACAACCUCGUGGACCGUGCCAACCGCCUCUCUUCUUGGUUCGGUGACGAUUGUUGCAGUUGGUCCGGUGUGGUCUGCGAUAACUUCACCCAUCACGUCCACGAGAUUCACCUUCGUGGACUACCUGAUCGGCAAGGCUAUUGUCUUGGAUCAUCAUUUGACAUUAAUGAUACAAACCAAAUGUUAGGAGGAAUCAUAAGUCCUUCUUUGAUAAAGUUAGAACAACUCCGGUAUCUAGACUUGAGUUGCAACGAUUUUGGAUUCACCCCGAUUCCAUCAUUCGUUGGCUCUUUUCUGAAUCUGAGAUAUCUUAACAUCUCAAUGUCGCAAUUCUCGAGGGAAAUUCCUCAUCAACUCGGGAAUCUAUCAGAGUUUUUUGGAUCUUAA